CGACAAGGAGCUUCCCCUCCACUCCUCACUCCUGCCUGCCCAUUAAUUCCAAAUCCAAUCCCUCCUCGCUGUUACGAAACCCUACCCUCCAGCCAUGAGCUCCUCUUCCAAGCUCUACCAGUCCGCUUCCAAGGCCGCCAGGUCCCUCCUCUCCGCCGUCUCUCAGGCCCAGCGCUCCUCCUCCUCCUCCGUACUCACCGCUGAGGGUCGGAACGCUGCGCUCGCCACGCUCACCAAUCUGGGCAGGAAGACCCUCCCCACCGUCUACUCCUACCACAAGGCCGGCGGAUCCCACCGCCACGCCCAUGGAUGGGGAUGGCUCGCCGCCGUCCCCGCAGCUGUUUACAUGCUGCAGGACCAGGAGGCUCAUGCUGCAGAGAUGGAGCGUACCUUUAUCGCCAUCAAGCCUGACGGCGUCCAAAGGGGCCUGAUUUCUGAGAUCGUAUCCCGAUUUGAGAGAAAAGGGUACAAGCUUGUUGCCAUCAAGCUGAUUGUUCCAUCCAAAGAAUUUGCUCAGAAGCACUAUCAUGAUCUCAAAGACAGACCUUUCUUCAAUGGAUUGUGCGACUUUCUAAGCUCUGGCCCAGUACUUGCGAUGGUUUGGGAAGGAGAGGGUGUUAUCAAGUAUGGGAGAAAGCUAAUUGGCGCUACAGACCCGCAGAAAUCUGAACCAGGAACUAUCAGGGGUGAUCUUGCUGUUGUUGUUGGAAGAAACAUCAUUCAUGGAAGCGAUGGCCCGGAGACAGCAAAGGAUGAAAUUGCUCUCUGGUUUGAGCCCAAGGAGCUUGUCUCUUACACCAGCAACACAGAGAAGUGGAUUUACGGGGUGAACUAACGGGUGAAUCAUUUCGUUUUUCAUUUCCUCUUGCUUUUCAUAAUUGCCGAUAGACCAAGGCAGAAUGUAAUAAGGUUGUGUACGUCACUUUUGAGUUGGAUUAUGACCAUCUGAUGCAAUAAGGCCGGAGGAAAUGUACCUUCAAAUGUAGAGCGUGCACUGAGUAAUCGUGAUGUUCAAAUCAAGCUAUCACCUUCAGUCA